CCAAUCACAAACUACUUUGCUCAGAGGUGGACGACGGUUGUGCGCAUGUGCCCCGGCGGCCGUGUGUGAUAUGAAAAGAGAGAAACAAAAAUGGAUCCACAGAAAGAAGUACAACCGCCCAAACAGCAGCCUAUGAUCUACAUAUGUGGAGAAUGUCACACUGAAAAUGAAAUUAAGGCCCGUGAUCCAAUCCGAUGCAGAGAGUGCGGUUACAGGAUCAUGUACAAGAAGAGAACAAAGAGAUUGGUUGUUUUUGAUGCCCGAUGAAGAAGAGGAGAGCACUGAUUUUGAUAAUUAUUGUUCUGGAUCUUCGUAGUGUAUUACCAUGUAAAUAAACAGACUUCCAGGCCUUG